CGAGCAUUCUUAACAAAUCCUUCAAUGCAAACGUAUCUAACGCACCUUUGGCCAUUUGCACAAUGGCCGUUUAGUGGUCUGUGAAUCGUUUUCGGUGACGUAAUAACGAUUAUUGGUUUUUAUCGCGUGCAGUGAUAUUUAUAGUAUUGAAAUUUGGGAGAAAAACGUUACAGGAUAUCGUGAGAUCAUUCAUUUGUAAUCAGAUUAUUGAUUUACUACGGCUAACAAGGUUAUUUCGGCGCAGAAACCUUCCAAGGAAUGUCCGAGGGCGAAGCCGUAGCGUCUCAACAAAAGCAGCAUCAAUAUCAGCAGCAGCAGCAGCAUCUAGGAGCAGGAGCUAUGGCAGGAAUGACAUGGCAAUAUCCGCCUCCGACACAUCCAAGCCUUUAUUCACCCUAUGCAGGGCAUAUGUAUGGCCAAGGGUAUGGAUCCCAGAGUCAGAUGUUUUACUAUAAUCAGGGAAUGAUGCCUGGUUAUGGUCAGGCUUUCAAUGCGCAACAGGUCCAACAGCAGCAGGAACAACAACAACAACAACAACAACAACAACAGGCAGCAGUCCAAAACAAUCAGGCAAAUCAACAAACACAGCAGCCCCCUGUGCCUGGAACUCCUGUAUCACUUGAUGAUGAUUCUGAUCUUCCCCCUCUUCCUCCAGGACCCCCACCCCCCUCGCAGUCUGCUCAACAACAAAAUAAUCACAACCCACAACUCCAGCAACCACCACCCUUCGUUUACAGCUCUUUUCCAUAUAACGGAUGGAAUGGAAUGCAAAACGAUCAUACUCAAUUCAACGGACAAAUCCGUUUCAACCUCCAGAACAAAAAAACCGGUUUAGGUUUCACUCCUUCAGGGAAUAGCGGUGCAGCGAAAAAAAAACGUAAAAGAAACAAGAACCUUGCCGCGCAAUUCAACAACAGUUUUCCAGGAAACAAUGCGUCAGCUUCGUUUAUUCCGGGAGCAAAUCUGAAGUCAGAUCUGCCACCCCUACCCCCGGCUCCAUCUCAGCAUCAACCGCCGGUACCUCCCCCCCCAUCUGAAAAACCUUCGGAAUUAUUACCAUCGUUAACAUCCCCUGCCCCGAUAACGGUACAAGAUAAUAUUCCUAGCAAACCGGCUAGCACUGUAGGUAACAGCACUGUUCCUCCUCCGAUGACAAAUCCAAGCCCCGUAGGCGACUGGCCAGAUAGUUUAAAAAACUACGUUAAUCGUUGUUAUGAGAAAUGCAAGACCGCCGUCGACAAGGAUCAAGUAGAAAUCAUUCUGAAGGGUAAAAUAACGCGUUCAGCAAAUGACGGAUCACUAUGGGUAAAGGACUGGGACAAAGAGCCUCUUCCCAGCAUACAUAGCGAACGUAUGACAAUGACUAUAAAACCUCAGAAUCAGAACCUGAAGUUGGCUAAUCCCUUGGCCGUUGGGGGACAGGGAAACCAGCGUAAGAGCGGACUUUCUACUUUCCUUGGAGCUCGGCUUGGCGCACGUCUUGCCAGUGGCUCUCAUCGUAGGUCGAAGUCCAGGUCAAGGUCUAGGUCGCGAAGCCCUCCUCCGAGAAAGUAUAGAAGGAGUACUUCAUCUUCGUCGAAUACUAGCGAACGUGAUCACGAACAUAAGUCUUCAAAGUCAAAAAAAUCGAGCAGCAGAAAUAAGCAGAGUCAUAGUAACAACAGUAACAGCGGAGGUGGUGGCAGUAGCAACAACAGCAAAAAGAUGAAGAAGGCUAAGCAAAAUAAAUCACAUUUCUAUUCAGAGUUUGGUUUAGCUACAGGAAACGGCGACGAACUUGGAUCUAAGGAAAAAUUGCAGCAACGCGCUGCCCGGUUCAGCGAUUCUAUUUCCAGGAAUGGCAAUAGCAUCAAGGAUGAUGUUGCUGCUGAAUUUGAUUUUACAGGGCUUCACAUCGUUGGUACUUGCAAGGAUCUUGAAAAACCAUAUCUACGUCUCACUUCGGCUCCGGCACCCUCUGCAGUUAGGCCAGUAAGUGUACUCCGGUUUUCUUUGGCUCAUGUGAAAAAGCGUUGGGUUUCCGAGCAAGACUAUAGAUACGCAUGUGAUCAGCUGAAAUCUAUUCGUCAAGAUCUUACAGUACAAGGUAUAAGAGAUUCAUUUACUGUGCAUGUGUACGAAACACACGCCCGAGUUGCUCUCGAGAGAGGAGACCACGAAGAGUUCAAUCAGUGCCAAACACAGCUCAGAAUGCUCUACCAGGACCUUGGUGGAGAAAAUAGAUCGGAGUUCAUCGCCUAUAGGAUACUUUACUAUAUUUUCACUAAAAAUACACUUGACCUAACAACGAUUUUAGCAUCCCUGACCCCUGAAGACAAGGAGGAUGAAUGCAUAAAACAUGCAUUGAGAGUACGCUCAGCGUGGUGGCUGGGUAACUUCCACGUAUUUUUCAAACUGUACCGUAAAACGCCCCGAAUGGCAGCCUUCCUUAUGGACUGGUUCAUUGCUAGGGAGCGCAAGACUGCGCUAAAACAUAUGAUAAAGUCCUACCGGCAAAAUUUGGCGGUCGAUUUCAUCGUUGCGGAAUUGGCCUUUGAUUCUUCGGACAAGUUUUAUGAAUUUGUCUCCGAGCUAGGGUUGGCUUACGCCGAUCCUGAGCGAACUCAAGUCGACUGCAAGACAAGUAGUGGUUCUCUAGGUAGCUGGUAGCUGCUCCCGAUCCUCUUUUCUUCAUGAGGAAGCUACUCGUAACUCAAUACCAUUCCGAUGUAUAUCUGACACAUAUGCUUCGCUGUUUUUCUCUAAAACGCAAUUCGCGUAUGAAUUGACGCCCUUCUCAAAAAGCCCUCGGAGUGUGGGACAUACACUUUCAAAGCGGAAUUUUAGGAACAUUCAGACUACCGCAUUUCUGUAUAUAAUUAUCACCACACACAUACUUUAACAAAAAUCACACAAUUCGUUGUCAAAUAGCAAAUAGUAAACAGCAGCGACGGGCAAAGAAAAUUUUCAUCAUUGGAAAUAGAAGCCAAGUCAAUACUCUUCGUUUUACUGGGAUCACGAUUAUUGGCAUGAAGCCAGAAGGAGUUUUAGAUUCGGUCGAUUUUCAUCUUUAAAAAUACUCUUCACCUUCAUGUAGAAGAACCACAGAUAUUUUUGUCAUCAAUUGAAACAGCACUUCGCUUUCUCUUCUUAGUACUAUUAUCGUUGACUCGCAAAACAAAAAAAUCUUGUAAUGGAUAUCAUUAUCGCAGUUCUGUUGAUAUUGUGUGCUUCACAAAUGCAUCGAGGCUUCUCUUCCACUUCCUCCCCACAUACAAUGGUCUACGCCUUUGGGCUACGAUAAUCUGUGAAGUGUUUCAAGAAGAAGGCGUCAGAUUCUCCAACACCAGAAAAUUCAUCGCGUUAGGAUGGUACUGGCAGGCUUCAUCGUUUUCAAGAUAUGACCGUGGGCGAAGAUGUUAGGUACAUGGAAAUAUCCUGAAAAUUGACGAGGAGUCACGGAUCUUUUUUUCUUGUAUUUCGUUCUUUCUGGAAUGUUCUACAACUAAAAGCGGGAUGACCUGUUAUUGGCUGCUGAGGGUUCGGCUGUGAAUAAUAAUUCAAUCAGCGUACUUAUGGUGAAGUAAAUCGACGAAGAAGAUCGAAGAGACGAGGCGGUGCCUUGAUAAAUUAGUCUUGCUUAAUAUGGUGGGAAGUUAUUUGGUUCGUUCAUAUUUAUAUUUUCAUUAUAGAUUAUUAUUUUUUUUUUUUUUCACCAAUAUUUAUGUACACAAUGUUAAAUUUCUAAACAAUAAUUGUCGACGAAUGAAUUUAUAUCACAACAGAGAGAAAGAUAAACGAGAGAGAAUGAGAGAGUGAGAAAGUGAUUAGCAUGUCUCAGAGAUGUAUUAUAUCAUUAUUUAUGAGAUGAAAUUUGUUCAUAUUUAACGUGUGCUGUACCUGAAUUCAGCGCACGAGGAUGUAUUACACCUAAAAAUGGAGAAGAAAUUAUGUACAGCACGGUAAUGGCCAUUUACAAUUAAUCAAAUGAAUUUAUUCAAUGUAUAACAAAGGUAUACAUUGCCCAUCUGAUAUCGUUUCCAUAAUAAAUUAUUUUUAUUUCUAUUA